CCCUCCCCCUCAGGCCGCGGUCGCAAUUACGCUCCCUGUGGCCUGCAGUCAGCGGGCGACCGACGGCCGAAGACUCGGCGCCGACCCGGACCGGAGGAGCUCUAGGCCAAAGGGGGUGCGCCAGCCAGGAUUCCGGUACCCUUCCACUGCUUGAGACGAGCGAGAGGAAAUGAAACAGGCGGGAACUGGCAGGGGAGGGAGGAAGCCAGCGGAAGGUGUCAUGGCGGCCGCGCUCUGGGUCACGUGGCCCGCAGGCCCGCCUUGGCACUUCCGGUCACGUGCCCGCAGAGUUCUCGCAGCCAGCGAUGGAGGCGAGACCCCCCAGUAACAGAGGCGGUGGCGACGGCGGCGGCUGCAGGGUUUCAGCCUCUUCCCGGCAGCGUCUCUGAGAAACGCAGUGAGACUCCGCCCGACCCAGCCCAGUUACGCGCUCUCUGCCUAGGGGCGUCGCUCCCACCUGCAUCAUCUAGCCAUUAUGGCAACUUCAUCUGAAGAAGUUUUGCUAAUUGUAAAGAAGGUGCGUCAAAAGAAGCAGGAUGGAGCACUGUACCUCAUGGCAGAAAGAAUUGCUUGGGCACCUGAAGGCAAAGAUAGAUUUACAAUCAGCCAUAUGUAUGCAGAUAUUAAAUGCCAGAAAAUCAGUCCAGAAGGAAAAGCUAAAAUUCAGCUUCAGCUGGUCCUGCAUGCAGGGGACACAACUAACUUCCAUUUUUCCAAUGAAAGCACAGCAGUGAAAGAGCGAGAUGCAGUGAAAGAUCUUCUUCAGCAGCUGCUGCCUAAAUUCAAGAGGAAAGCAAAUAAAGAACUGGAAGAGAAAAACAGAAUGCUGCAAGAAGAUCCUGUUUUGUUUCAGCUCUAUAAAGACCUUGUUGUGAGUCAAGUGAUAAGUGCUGAGGAAUUCUGGGCCAAUCGUUUAAAUGUGAAUGCAACAGAGAGUUCUUCCACAUCCAAUCACAAACAGGAUGUUGGCAUUUCUGCAGCAUUUCUGGCUGAUGUACGGCCCCAAACAGAUGGAUGUAAUGGUCUGAGAUACAAUUUAACCUCGGAUAUCAUUGAGUCCAUAUUUAGGACCUAUCCAGCUGUAAAAAUGAAAUAUGCAGAAAAUGUUCCCCACAACAUGACAGAAAAGGAAUUCUGGACACGUUUUUUUCAGUCCCAUUAUUUUCAUAGGGACAGACUGAAUACAGGGUCAAAGGACCUCUUUGCAGAAUGUGCCAAAAUAGAUGAAAAAGGGUUAAAAACAAUGGUUUCCUUAGGAGUGAAAAAUCCACUGCUUGAUUUGACAGCUUUGGAAGAUAAACCAUUAGAUGAGGGCUAUGGCAUUUCCUCUAUGCCAUCUACUUCUAAUUCUAAAUCCAUAAAGGAGAAUAGUAACGCUGCCAUCAUCAAGAGGUUUAACCAUCACAGUGCCAUGGUCCUGGCAGCCGGUCUCAGGAAGCAAGAAGCACAAACCGAACAAAAUGGUGAGCCCAGCAGCAUGGAUGGAAACUGUGGAGAUGCAGACUGCUUUCAGCCAGCAGUCAAACGGGCGAAGUUACAAGAGUCUAUUGAAUAUGAGGAUUUGGGGAAAAAUAAUUCCAUGAAAACAAUUGCACUAAACCUCAAGAAGUCAGAUAGGUAUUAUCAUGGUCCAACUCCAAUCCAGUCAUUACAGUAUGCAACAAGUCAGGACAUUAUUAAUUCUUUUCAAAGUAUUAGACAAGAAAUGGAAGCUUAUACACCCAAAUUAACUCAGGUUCUUUCAAGUAGUGCUGCCAGUAGUACCAUCACAGCACUGUCACCUGGAGGAGCACUUAUGCAGGGAGGAACACAGCAAGCCAUAAACCAGAUGGUGCCAAAUGAUAUUCAGUCUGAAUUGAAACACCUCUAUGUGGCAGUUGGGGAACUUUUACGGCACUUCUGGUCCUGCUUUCCUGUUAAUACACCAUUCCUAGAAGAAAAGGUAGUGAAAAUGAAAAGUAAUUUGGAACGGUUCCAAGUUACAAAGCUCUCCCCAUUCCAAGAAAAAAUUCGAAGACAGUAUUUAAGCACAAAUCUGGUAAGUCACAUAGAAGAGAUGCUCCAGACAGCCUACAACAAGCUACACAUGUGGCAGUCACGGCGUCUGAUGAAGAAAACGUGAAGGGUCGGUAGCUCUCACAGGUUUUGUGAGAUUGAGAGAACUGUGGCCCACAAUGACCCUGAAAACCUGGCCUGACAGACCUGCAGAUGGAUCACUUAGAAGUGACAAACAUCUGCACCACGCGGACUCUCGGAGCUGAUGCUAUUGUACUUGCACAUUGUGAACUGAAAGGAACUGUGAUUAAAUUAAAAGCUGGGGAGGUAUAUUAAGGCAGAACCAAAAUGAGCUAAGUUGCAAAUAUAUAUAUUUUAAAAAGACACUGUUUACUGCAGUUACUCAGGAACUGCUUUUGAUUCACAUUAAGCUGCUUUCAGAAAUUUGAAGAAGAAAAAACACUUUUUUAAAGGGUGCAUUGAUAAAAUCUUGGGUGGGGCUAGGGGAUUUUUUUGUUUGUUUGUUUUUUUCUGUGUAAAUUUUUUCCUAAGUUUAUGGCACAGGGUACACCUUAAGUAUUUCUCCUUCAUCCUCCAGUUUUGAAUUUUCAAGUUUUACUGAAUUCUAGUUGUACCUUACAUCAGCAAAUUAAGAGAGUACUUUUAAAUAAAGCAGAGGAAGACUGUUACUCAACCAUCGGGAAACAGUUAUAGUCAGAAGACAUCAUUGGUCCUGUGUUUCCUACGGAAAUAAAACACAAUAAAUAUUGCACUGAAUGUUUGUGGCUUGGAGUCCCUAAAUGAUAAAGAGGGAACAUAUUUGCAGAAAGUCGCGUGGGGUUUUUUAUGCAGAAUUUUGUCAGAAGACAAUGGCACUGCAUGUUUUUCUUUGAGUGCAAAUGUACAUUGCUAAGAGUUUUUUUUUUUUUUAAGAUGGCAUGUGCUUUGAAAAGAGGAAAUUGCAUUUUUAAGAGUUUAAAAAAUCUUAUGAGUGAAAAAUAUAAGAAAUCUUACUUAUUUUCACUUCUUUAGAAAAAAUAAAAGAUGUUUCUCAUAUCUCCUUUUCUCCAGUAUCUGUUACUGUCCUUGGCGUAUCGAUAAUCACUGCAGAGUGACUGAAAAGCCUAAAUGCAAAAAAAAAAAAAAAAAAAAAAAAAGCUAUGUUGUUGUUUCUGGAAUCCGUGCCAUAUUUUGUUCCUAAUGGGAUCAACCUGCUGUUUCUCUAAGACUUUAGAUGUCUUGUAUUAAAAAUUACAGUAAAAAGUAAAACUUUCUAUAGAUACUCUUUUAACUGAAACAUAUCUUGUGGUUUCUCCUUAUGUGUGAUAUUUACUUGCUUG